AUGAACGCUCUGCGCUCCCAACCGAGUGAGAACAUAACCAGAAUUGGAGCACUGAAGCCUCAAUCGGCCUUCUCAGACAUAUCGUUCGGUUCUCAGUCAGUUCCUGCUCGAAGUCCAGCGACGGCUGAACACGAGCUCCCGACUCCUAGCAAUGCAAAUUACGGUUCUUCUAGUACCAUAUCAUCUAGGGCCCCUAUAGUUCAUUGGAGCGAAUACGAUUUGGAUGCCACAGGCUUUCUCAUAUCGAACGAUAGUGAAGUCGAUGACACUGAAGACUACCAAACCAAUGAGUGGACUACCCAGAUUCGGCACGCACCUUUGGUGAGCGCAAAUUUUAUCCUCCGGGACACCCAACAUGUUCUCCCACAAUAUGGGCUCAUGGGGCUGCAUGAUGAAGCAAAUGAUACCAGAUCUAAGAUCUUCCUAAAUACAAACAUCCCGUUUUCUAUAUUCCUUUGCGGUGUCCAGGGAAGCGGCAAGUCUCAUACGACGUCUUGCAUUCUUGAGAAUUCUCUGAUACACUCCAAAUAUCUCGGAAAGCUCGAAAACCCGCUCUCUGCACUAGUCUUCAGCUAUGGUCACUUUAAUGGUGAUGGCGUCGGAUUCAGCAUCAGCGAAGCCGCUUUCUUGGCUUUUCCCGAAGCCGGAGUACCUGGUGCAGCCCAUGUCAAAAAAGUGCACGUCUUGGUUUCGCCAUCAAACUAUGUGCGGAUAUCAAAGCUUUAUCUACGACUUCCUAAUGUUUCGGUCACGCCGUUCAAAAUAAAGCCCCAGAACCUCGACAUUGCUACCAUGUUUACAUUGAUGAACGUUAAUGAGUCAGAAGAAGUGCCUCUCUAUAUGGCCCAGGUCACGCAGAUACUUCGGAAUAUGUCAACAGUAGGCGGACCGUUUGAUUACGAAACAUUCAAGUCACAUCUGAAAAAGCAGACGUUUAACCCUACGCAAACCAACAUGUUGCAGAUGCGUCUAGGCUUACUCGAGUCGUUCUUAGACUUGACAAACACCUUCUCUGCAACACAAUUUCUGCCGGGUGAAAUAGUAAUUAUGGAUAUGUCCUGUCCCUUUGUUGAUCCUAACACGGCAUGUGUCCUCUUUGAGAUUGGGCUUCAGCAAUACCUACAGUCUAAAGGCACUAGCAAGAUAAUCGUUAUAGACGAAGCCCACAAAUACAUGCUGAAGACACCGGGAGCAAAGUCGCUGAACGAGACAAUUCUUCAGACUAUCCGCCUCCAGCGGCACUACGGUGCUAGAGUCAUUGUCUCAACACAAGAGCCUACACUUUUGGCUGAUCUAAUUGCUCUUUGCUCCGUUACAAUAAUUCAUCGCUUUUCGAGCCCAGAAUGGUUCUCAGCUAUCAGACGUCAUAUCCCUAUUACAGAGGAGAAUCGAGAUGAUCUUAUGCGAAGAAUCGAGAGUUUGAAGACGGGAAGGGCGAUCAUAUACUCACCUAGCGCAGUUCUUGGUCUUGACGAGUAUGGCAAGUUAAUUAUGGGUACAAGCAAAAUGAUCAACGUUCGGAUCAGGAGGAGGCUCACGAGCGAUGGAGGCCAAUCUGUAGUAGCAGUCUAA